AUGAAAUGGGUGUUGGUUAAAAAUGUUGGUGAAGACUCUCCGCCUCCUUCUUCAAAACGAACCAAACCAUCUUCAUCCAACGCCUACACAACAUCUUAUGAUGCACAAUAUCCUCUCGGAUUCCCCCCAAAACAACAAUCGUUUAAUGUUGAAAACCCACCGCCUCAGAGAAAAAGAAAAGGAAAGAAAGCAAAAUCGACAUUGUCAACACAAAAUGAAAUAUUUGAUCUCGUCAACGAAAUUGCCGGCAUCAACACUGCAACCAAAAAAGAGGUGGAACAGAGACAACGGUAUCGGAAACAAAAAUUACAUAUUUUCCAAGAUAAUGAAGAAGGGAAAGCAAAAAUGUUGGAGCGGGAGAUAGAGAACCACGGUAUGCAGUAUUUUCUCCAACUGCAUGAUCAUUUGACUGGAGAUGAUUCAACAUAUGCUCACCCGUAA